AUGAGUACAACUUCGUCCGUCGACCCACGCAGGCGGCCUUCAGGGGACGAUCCGGCUGGUGAGGAUAGUUGGGACCCUGAGCUGUUUGAUCUCGACCGCCUGUUGAAUGAUGAUGAUGACGAGGAGGAGCUCCGGGCAGGUGUGGUACAUACGGGAUUGACGACGUCGAAGGACGCCAUAAUUGCAUCGUUUGAGCUUGACCCAAGGUCUUUUCGGCCAGUCUUUGGAGAAACCCGUACAGAGAUUCACAUAACUAUCCGCAGAGAGACUGGACCGUCUUCAGAGCUUCUGGGAUUCAUCCGCUACAACCGCAAGGCUGGGUUUGUUGAACUGACCAACUUCCAAGCGCGAAUGCAGCGCAACGACUUGGGCUUAGGCAGGUCUUGUAAACGGGAUCGCGACGAGCUUGCCGGGUGCCAUGGUGAGGGGUUCAAAGUGGCCGCUGUGGUGUUGCGGCGCGAGGGGCAUUCUGUUCGAUUUGCUGCCAGUGAGUACUAUUGGAGCUUUGGGCUGAGUGGACGCUACCGCACGAAUCUUUACUGUCGGUUGACAUUGGCCAAGGCCGAAAGGAUCGAGAAAAAGAAGUUGUACUACGCAGUUCAGCGUGCGAAGCCGAACUUCAAGAGGGCUCUUACAUCGAAUAUCUGGGAGGAUGUGUCCGUGAGAAUCGGCAAGGGCAAAAACAGUUCUGGACGCCCAGUCUCAGAAAAUGAUUUUCGUUCGUGGCUGACAGUCUCGAUCGAUCUCAACCCGCCCUUGCCCGCUGACAUCGUCCAGACUCCCUCCGGCGAUCUGAUCCUCGACACCCGCUUUGCAGGGCACAUCUACCUCAAGGGCUUGAAGAUCGAGGGACAUUCUAUUGAUUAUGUAUUUGGGUAUAACUUCGCACGUGGAUCCGUUGGCCGUGAUCGAACCCACAUGAGCAAACAGUCGGAGGAGACCCAGAUCCUCGGCGAUAUUUGGGAGCAGGCCAUCCUGGCUCGACGGCCUGAUGUGAUCGACACCUACAUCAAACUUCUGUGGGAGCAGAAGAAAUGCCCCGAAGUUGCUUUGGCCAGUGAUAGACUUUCACAGUCGUCGGCGUGUGUGGUUUGGAAGCGACUGAGGAUAAUGGAGCCUGAUGCCUUCUUUUACUGCGAGGUUGAUCCUUCAGAAGACACAUCCAGACCUGAUGAUGAUGCCGGCAAGAUUGCCCUGAUCUCAACCGAAAUCCGCAAAAAGGCCGUCGUGGUUUCGCGUGCCUUAUGGGCCUUAUUGAGAAAGUUUUUGCUCGUUCGGACGCCUUACGAAGAACGCCUCCGCUUGUUUAAGUGGUCAAACCCGAUAAAGGCCGAUAGCACACCUUUCGGUGCCAACGUGCUCCGAGCCCUCCUAGCGUCAUUGACUUUACAUCCAAAGCUGAACGACUUGCGACUUCUAUUUGUUGACGGUGGGGGGACGGAUGUCGACCUGGCUUAUAACAAAGAGGCGAAUUGGGUACAAAUCCACGGCAAAUGGUUCAAUUUUGAAAAGGUCCACAUGAAUGGCUUGUGUGAGGCUUUGCGGUUGACAAACGGCCGGUAUACUGGCCAAGAGGCAUUCUUUUGUGACCAUGCUGCAGAAGACCUUUUCGAGUGUCUCCUUUCCAUGACGGGCACCUCCCUAGGAAUCACCACCCUAGGCCAUAGACGUCUGCGACAAGCCAUACGUGAACAGCUCGCAUUCAUGCCUCGGAUCGUCCGUGCCACACCAACUGGUGCAACGAAUGAACUCGAGGUGCGCUGGCUCUCCAACGAAGGCGGUCUUGUGUCGGCGACCUGCAACAGGAAUAUCUGCUACUAUGUCACCCUCCACCGGGAAAGCUCGUGUCUGUUCAGGGGAUAUCGGACGGUGCAUGGUCUUGAGAGCGACAACCCCUCGUCCGAUGACCAUCCCUCACCACAUGCGUUGCCCAUUUGCUCAGACAUCACCACAGAUUGCGACUGCCCGUUCCAGAUUGUUCCCAGGACUCUAUCACGAGCCACUUUCACCGGUUUAGACCCCGGCAAGUUCUAUAUCGCGAUGGUUGCGCGUGAGGAAAGCAGGUCGUUUUUCGCGCUGGCGUCAAGAUCAGCGACAUUUCGAGGGCUUCCCCUGCAUCCAGGUGUUACAGAGAGCCCUCAUGUGGCAACUAGUGGCGUCAACGGUGGCGAAGGGGCCCAGCGGGGUCGGGACCAGGAUACAGUCAGUCCAAGACUCGAAGGGCUCAACGAAGAUAUUCCAGACAGCAGUAAUCGAGUCACCAGCAGUGAUCUCAAAGCAUCAGGCCAACAAUCGCGGAGGCCACUCUUCUGGAAAGGCGUAGCGGUUGGCUGGAAGGUUUUGAAUGGUCAAGAAGCGUUCAGAAAAGAUGAGGCUGAGUGGCAACGGUGGCACACUGAGGAUUUGGCAGGCGCGUUUUCAAAACUCCUGGCACCUCGAGAAAAGCAUCACACACCGACGUUUUACCCAGUGGCGAGCCUUGAGUGCGCCCACUUGGACUUUCAUUUCGUGAAAGACGAAUACGCCCUCAUCCGUCUCGGCGGUGACGGUUCCUCGGAGUAUGUCAUAUUCAUUCACGAGAUCUCUUUCUGCGAAGAAGGACAUGAAACCGCCACCGCAUACCUUCUGGUCACCAAAUAUUCGAAAUUCUGGUCGUUCCAUGCCGAUCUUCAGCCUCCCGGUUUGGACAGUGGCAAUGUGGUCGCAGAUCAGCUAGAACUGUUGCUUCAUUUCGCAGACUUCAACAAAAUGGGCAUGCGGGAUGACGCCGAGGUCAUUCGGUUGGACGAUAUUGUCUAUGCGGCUGAUCUGAUGGCUUGCUCCAAGACUGGUCCCGGUGGCGUAGAGCAUGUCCUCCAACCGCCUUCAGCCGCGGAGGAUAACACUGUGUUCUGUCGUUUUGCGGUCCGAGGGGCGACGUCAGACGAGCCAGUGGCUUGUUGGACGCCCCUGGCGUCUCACCUGCUGCAGCGGCGUGAUCGCUGGCCGGCGCCACAGUUCAUCAAUGCCUCGAGGCCUUCCGUCGUCGACUUCACGCCGGGUAUCCUGGGUCCGGCCGAGGGAUUUUCGCAAGCUGGCUUUGAUAUUCAAGCUGCCCAGAUACGACACGCGGGGAGCCAAGUGUUUGAUGGGCCACCGAAAAAAGUCCUCGACGACAUCUAUUCUGAGCAACUACGGCCCCCGUCGACGCCGAACCCUGCGCCGCCGAAUAUUGCACUGAUUGCUGGAGGAAACGCACCUUUUCGCCUGAAUGAUGAAAAUGAUGCUAUGCCAUCCACUGAGCAGUUUGUCUCCACGCUUGACCUUGUCAAUAUCGCUGUUGAGAGCCCGGGUAAGCCAGACUUUCUGGUGAUGCUGAGCUCACCGGCUGUGCUCCAUGGAUCAGUAGUAUCGCGAUUUUUGGCGACCAUAAUCAACCUUCUUGAGCACAGACGGUCCGUCCACAUGAGGCUCUGCCAUCUCCAAGCGUACGGGCUUCCGCAAGCACGGAGCGUCCUCCUCUUGGUAGCUUCUCCAUUUUGCGCGCCACUUCCCUGGUAUCUGCAUUGGCCCUCCCUACGUACACCACCACCCAUCACGCUCCGUGAUCUGAUUGCUGACCUUGAUUUUGACAACUCUCGCAUGGGAGCCGAGCAAGAGCGGGCAUUUGUGUGUUCACCGCCUCUCGAAGGGCGGCAGGUACCACCAUCUUGCAACAUCUCUCUGCAGUGGGACACUGACAGCCUCGUCGCCCUCUCCUGCAACCCUCUGCCACGGAUGCAUCCCGGACGCAAAGACCUUCUCACUGUGCGGGAGUUGGCUCGACUCCAAGGUUUCCCUGAUGAUUUUGUCUUCUACCAGUCCACACCGAGGCAAUAUCAAGAUGUAUGGGCGGCUUUGCCUCCAAUAAUCAGCAAGCUCUUGGGAAAGACUAUUCUUCACACUAUCCAGGGCUCGCUCAGGGCUAGGGUGGACGGUCGUCUAGAGGGUUCACGGGUUGCAAAAAGAGCGAGGGAAGAACGCAGUGAAUAG